UCCCACAAUACCCCGUGCUCUUUCUUUCCAACCUGCCGGGCGCGAUGGCUCCCGCCAAGAAGGGUGGUGAGAAGAAGAAGGGCCGCUCCGCCAUCAACGAGGUGGUGACCAGGGAGUACACCAUCAACAUCCACAAGCGCAUCCACGGCGUGGGUUUCAAGAAGCGUGCCCCUCGGGCACUCAAGGAGAUCCGGAAAUUUGCCAUGAAGGAGAUGGGGACUCCAGACGUGUGCAUUGACACCAGGCUCAACAAAGCUGUCUGGGCCAAAGGAAUAAGGAAUGUCCCAUAUCGUAUCCGGGUACGUUUGUCCAGAAAACGUAAUGAGGAUGAAGACUCACCAAACAAGCUGCACACAUUGGUCACCUACGUGCCUGUCACCACUUUCAAAAGUCUGCAGACUGUGAACGUGGACGAGAACUAAUGCUGAUGGUCGAAUAAAGUUAUACAACUGAAAAAAAAAAAAAAGAA